UGCUGUACUUUUAGCCCCGCAGCAUUCUGCUGCGGGAGCGAAUGCUGCGGGAGCUUCUGUAGUGUCAUGUGAAUGGGAUAAAGUGUGCAGUUGAUUGUCGGGUGUCUUGCGUUUCCGCAUAACUCGUAGUAUACAACACUGCUCACUCUGCAGGAUAGAUUCCGUUUCUGUCUCUGUCCGUGGAUUCUUCCUAGAUCCACCAUCAUAGUACCUUUGUGGUUGUUGCAUCUUCUUUAAGGCGCAACCAGCUUAGACUGUUUGCUGCAUAGUACGAAAUCAUCUUGUGUGAGAUACGAAAGUUAUAUAUAAGGUUUUUCCAUGUCGCAUUGUGCUCAACUGAUAUCAGUUAUGUGCCAACACUGUGAAUCUCGUAGAAUAUUUGAACGUACGAGUAGUGUGUUAUCAAAGAUCACGGUUUACGAUGGCUUCUACACAGUUACUUCAGAUUGCGCUCGUUCUCGGCAUUUUUGGAUACAGUUGCUGCAUGUCAGGAGAAGGAAUCCCUGACGAGCGUCUUCUGGGUUACGGCUUGGGUGGAAUCGGUGGAUACGGUACCUACGGCUUGGGCGGAGUGGGUAGUUACGGCGGUCUGGGCACUUAUGGUGGACUCGGUUACGGUGGUGUUGGGACUCUCGGCUACGGCGGUCUUGGCGGCUACGGUUUAGGUGGAAUCGGCUACGGACGCGGAGGUCUGCUCUACGACGAGGACCCCAGUGCCGAAAAUGACGAAUUCCAGGAUGAAGCCAUGACCUCCAAAGGCGACUACAAGACCGUCAUCAUUCCCGGACACAAGAUCCGCAAACUGAAGGUGCAGCUGUACAAGAAGCACGGAGAAGAGUCCGCUAUCGACCACGCCACGACCGCCACCGGCACUUCCAACAUGGAGACCAUGCCCACCGAGAACAAGAGUGGCAACGAGAAUAUCUGCGUCAUCCGUGUCUCCCCCAUCACAUCUUCCGCCGACUCAUGCAUCAGAUGCGUGAAGUUGCCGAGGUCACCCCCCAUUACCGACAACAGUGCCGCUGAAUCCAACGUGGACAUUAACAUCGACGUCGACAACACCCAGGAAGAAGCGUCUAAGUGGAAGAACUGGAAGGGCGUGCAUGAACUGCGUCAUCCGCAUCACAUCAAGCGCGACAAAGAGAAUUCCAUGAUUCGGAUUGUCAGUUCCUCGUCACGCUUUUAAGGGCCUGAACGAGUUUGCUGACGGUGAGAUGGCUGACGAAUAAAUGUGGCUACAGCUGUUGUUACGUCUGCCUAAUUUGUUGAAAAACUGUGUUUUUCUGGUCAACGAAUAAUGGAUGCUUUUCGAAAAGCUGUUGUUGUUAUCGUCAAAGCUAUGCGCAGUUUUUC